AUGGUGGCGCCGGCAAAGCUGCGCGUGGUGCGAUGUGGCGGCGGCAACCACCACGGGGCCAGGGCCGUCUUCUCCGCCGAUUCCAAGUACCUGCUCUGCGCCUCUGGCGAUUUCGUGAAGGUCUACAGUGUGGCCACCGAGGAGACGCUGCGGUUAAUAGGGGGCCACGCCGACCGGGUGACGGGCAUCCAGCUCAACCCCCACAACCACAUGCAGCUCUAUUCUUCUUCUCUUGAUGGCACUAUUAAGCUGUGGGACUUCAUGGAUGGGAUUGCCAUUAAAACUUUCACUGUAGGAUCCGUACUUGUGGCACUCUAUGCACCUCCUGCUUUUGAGGACUCAGUGUUUGUUGUGGCUGCCAAGAAUGGUAACAGAGGUCCAUUCCAGCUGAUCUCAGUCAAGCUGACAAAAGCAGCAGGGCAAGUUGUGGAAGCCAAGGAACUGUCGGUGAUCUUGAGUGGUGUGGACUCGUCCCCAAAGUGCAUCGCAUUUGGAAGAGAAGGUGAAUAUGUGGUAUCAGUGAAGCAAUCCGAUCUCAACAUUUACUUCUUUAGAAAGAAGCUGGCACAAAGGUUUUCUCUGCGCCCAUCCAAGGUGAUUGAAGGAAGCAAUCAAUUCUCCUGUGUAGCCUGCCAUCCUACGGAGGACUGCAUCGCAACUGGCCACAGUAAUGGCAAGAUUCGAAUCUGGAGAAAUUUCCACCACAAGAAAGAGUACACAUAUUCCACGCUGCACUGGCAUCAUGAUACUGUCAGGGAUCUAGCUUAUUCUGUGGAGGGGACCUACUUGCUGAGUGGUGGCAUUGAAGCUGUUCUGGUGGUGUGGCCCAACGAAUCAGACCGCCAGAAGGAUUUCCUUCCUCGGCUGGGAUCUCCUAUUGAGCACAUCUCCAUGGCAGCUGAUGGUUCACAGUGUUGCACUUUGCACACAGACAACAGAAUUACACUAAUCGACAGCAACCUCAGAUUCUCCAAAAGCAUUCAAGGUCUAAUCAAAAGUCCAAAUAUCAAGACUGGUCUAGUGGUUGAUCCCAGAACCAAAGCUUUGGUCCUGAACGGAGAGCCUGGCCACUUGCAGUUCUACUGUCUCCAAACUGACCAACAGCUCUUUAGUUUGGAUAUCGUGCAACGCGAAUACAUUCAUCAAGCAGGUUUACACCAAGCUGACUUGGUUAAAGUUGCAUUUGGUGCACAGGGCAGGUGGUUAGCAACAGUGGAAGAGAGAGAAGAAGUGACUGACCCCGAGUUACAGUUGAAGCUGUGGUUCUUUAAUGAAGAAACGCAAAGCUUUAAGCUGAAUACUCGAAUAAAUACACCCCAUGAGGACCACAUAACAGACAUGUGCUUCCGUGAGGUGGAAGAAUUGGAAGAUGACUCUCUGAUACUGGUAACAACUGGCAAAGACCGUGUGUUUAAAGUCUGGCUCAUGGUGGAAGACACUGACCCAGAAGCACAGCAGAGAGUGAGCUGGAGCUGUGACUUUGUGGGCAGCUACCACAACUACCAAGCUACCAACUGCUGUUUCUCAGAAGAUGGCUCUUUGCUCGCUGUUAGCUUUGAAGAAACUGUCACCGUCUGGGAUUCAGUUACUUGGGAUCUUAAGUGUACCUUUUGCUAUCCACCUGGAAAAAUCAGGAACAUGUGCUUUGGGAGACUAACCUGUUCCAAGUACCUUAUUGGUAGCACUGAUUGUGGCUUUCUGUGUUGCUGGAACCUGCUCAGUUGUGCAUUGGAAUGGAGUGCCCACAUCAACGUCUUAAUUCUGCAACCUGAUCCCCUUUCAGAAUACAUUGCUGCUGUCUCCUGGCUUCCAGAGGAGUCCAGCUUGUUUGUGUUUAAACCAAAUGAGACACAGCCAGUCUACAUCCAGAGAAACCUCUGUAGACUAAAGAUCCAGCUCGCUGCCUUCGUUCCAAGAGAUGAACCUGAAAUGGUCAGCUCAGAAAAAUACCUCUGGCUAAGAAGAUCCCAGCUCUUUUUCCUUACAGAGACACAAGAGCUGAUAACUCUUAGCACAAAGUCUCUGGAAGAAAGGCUCACACUGUCAAGCAAACAGCUGGCAGUAGAAGAAAGUCUUCCUGUGACCCCAUUCAGCUUGCUGUUGGGAAAGCACAGGCACCAUCAGUCACAAGAGGACACAGACCUUGGAAAACGAGUUGUUCAGAAGCAGCAUGAGCAAGAGUCACCUGCAGUCAAAGAGCUUUUGCACACUCCGGCCCAUGUUUUGCCAUCUGCGUCCUUCCUCUGCACCAUAUUUAUUAAUUCGUUGCUCAUCUCCAAAGAGAACAAAAGUGCUGAGGAAGUUGUUGCUGAUGAAGUGGAAAUGGAAAAUGAACAAGCAGAGGAUGAUUCAGAGGAGGAAAGAGAUGUGGCUGAAAUGGAACAAGAUGAUCCAAGUCCUGUGGAAUCAUUAGGAGAGCUGCCAUGUAAACUGUCUAAAUCCCAGGAAAGAGAGCUACGGAAAAUAAGGAAAAUGGACUACAGCUGGAUAGCAGCUUUCUAA